CCUUUAUCGUUUGCGCCACGUGACUCGGGCUCUCGCGGUUCCAGCUGAACCACCCUGCUUUAGCGAUGGUCACACCCGCCGCCGCCCGAGCUCAGGCGAGGGCGCUACCACUGUCGGGGUUUGAGGGGGCUUCUCCUCUCCGGAUGUGACAGCACGUUGACCCGGAAACGGAGGAGGCCGGGCAGUGGGGCCGCGGCUAUGGAGGGGACCGGCCACAGGGUGGUGUUUGAGAAGGGGGGCGUGUACCUGCACACCAGCGCCAAGAGGCACCAGAACCCCGACUCCCUCAUCGCCGGCGUCAUCAGAGUGGUGGUGGAGAAGGACAAUGACGUGCUCCUGCACUGGGCCCCUGUGGAGGAGACCGGGGACUCCACGCAAAUCGUCUUUUCCAAGAAGGACACCGGUGGGGCCGGCACCUGCACCUCUGAGGAGGAGCCGACCUUCGACCCCGGCUACGAACCCGACUGGGCUGUCAUCAGCACCGUGCGCCCGCGGCCGCGCCGCUCGGAGCCCGGGAGAGGUGCAGAGCCCAGCUCCUCCCGGGACUCCUGGGCCUUCUCCGUGAGUCUGGGGGAGCUCAAGUCCAUCCGCCGGUCCAAGCCAGGCCUCAGCUGGGCCUACCUGGUCCUGGUGACCCAGGCCGGAGGCUCCCUGCCCGCCCUGCACUUCCACCACGGGGGCACCCGCGCUCUGCUCCGUGUCCUGAGCCGCUACUUGCUCCUGGCCAGCUCCCCACAGGACUCCCGCCUCUACCUGGUCUUCCCCCAUGACUCCUCCGCGCUCUCCAACUCCUUCCACCACCUCCAGCUCUUUGACCAGAACAGCUCCAACGUGGUGUCUCGCUUCCUCCAGGAUCCCUACUCCACCACCUUCAGCAGCUUCUCCCGCGUCACCAACUUCUUCCGGGGAGCUCUGCAGCCCCACGCAGAGGGGGCCUCCCCCGACCUGCCCCCACCCCCCGACGAUGAGCCAGAGCCUGGGUUUGAGGUCAUUUCUUGUGUGGAGCUGGGGCCGCGGCCGGCCGUGGAGCGGACGCCUCCGGUCACGGAGGAGGAGUGGGCCCGCCAUGUGAGCCCUGAGGGCCGCCUGCAGCAGGUCCCCGAGCUGAAGGCCCGCAUCUUCUCAGGGGGCCUGAGCCCUGGCCUGAGGCGGGAGGCCUGGAAGUUUCUCCUGGGCUACCUCAGCUGGGAGCAGUCUGCCGAGGAGCACAAGGCCCAUGUGCGCAAGAAAACGGACGAGUACUUCCGCAUGAAGCUGCAGUGGAAGUCCGUGAGCCCCGAGCAGGAGCGGAGGAACUCGCUGCUGCACGGAUACCGCAGCCUCAUCGAGAGGGACGUGAGCCGCACCGAUCGGACCAACAAGUUCUACGAGGGGCCCGAGAACCCGGGAUUGGGGCUGCUCAAUGACAUCCUGCUCACCUACUGCAUGUACCACUUCGACCUGGGUUAUGUCCAGGGCAUGAGCGACCUGCUCUCCCCGAUCCUCUACGUCACUCAAAACGAGGUGGAUGCCUUCUGGUGUUUCUGUGGCUUCAUGGAGCUGGUGCACGGGAACUUCGAGGAGAGUCAGGAGACGAUGAAGCGGCAGCUGGGCCAACUCCUGCUGCUCCUGCGGGUGCUGGACCCCCCACUCUGUGACUUCCUGGACUCCCAGGACUCUGGCUCUCUCUGCUUCUGCUUCCGGUGGCUGCUCAUCUGGUUCAAGAGGGAGUUCCCCUUCCCCGACGUCCUCCGGCUGUGGGAGGUGCUGUGGACCGGGCUCCCCGGCCGCAAUCUGCACCUGCUGGUGGCCUGCGCCAUCCUGGACAUGGAGCGUGACGCCCUCAUGCUCUCCGGCUUCGGCUCCAAUGAGAUCCUCAAGCACAUCAACGAGCUGACCAUGAAGCUGAGCGUGGAGGACGUGCUGACCCGGGCCGAGGCCCUCUACCGGCAGCUGACAGCUUGCACGGAGCUGCCCCACAACGUGCAGGAGGUCCUUGGUCUGGCGCCCCCCACAGAGCCUCACAGCCCCUCACCCCCCGCAUCUCCUCUGCCAUUGUCACCCACACGGGCCCCGCCUGCCCCUCCGCCCCCCGUGGACACAGCCCCCCAGCCAGACAGCAGCUUGGAGAUCCUGCCCGAGGAGGAGGAGGAAGGCGGAGACUCCUAGCCGACUCAGGUGCCCAGCACUGGCACUUUAUCAGGCUCUGGCCCCACCACCCGCCCCUCCUGGAGGCUGGGUUCUGGGCAGGGCGCCCCCAGCGUGCCUCCUGAUUAACUGGUUUCUUUAAACUGACACU